UUCGUCACCCGUUUGUGUAUCAUAACUAUGUGCGUUUUUGAUUAGUUGUCAUUUUGUCGUCUGAUUCGAGGGCAGAAGUGCAAGCAUAGAAAUGGGUCUUACAAUUUCCAGCGUUUUGACCAGACUUUUUGGUAAAAAGCAAAUGAGAAUACUGAUGGUUGGUUUAGAUGCAGCCGGUAAAACUACUAUCUUGUACAAGCUGAAACUUGGAGAAAUUGUAACAACAAUCCCUACUAUCGGGUUCAACGUGGAAACAGUAGAAUAUAAAAAUAUUUGUUUCACGGUUUGGGACGUUGGUGGCCAAGACAAAAUUCGCCCACUAUGGCGCCAUUAUUUUCAAAAUACACAGGGACUAAUUUUCGUAGUCGACUCCAACGAUCGCGAACGAAUUGUGGAGGCAGAGAAGGAACUGCAAAGUAUGCUACAGGAGGAUGAGCUACGAGACGCCGUUUUGCUAGUUUUUGCGAAUAAACAGGACCUGCCAAACGCAAUGACUGCGGCUGAGCUUACUGAUAAGUUACAUCUUAACCAGCUGCGGAACAGACAAUGGUACAUUCAGGCGACUUGCGCAACGCAAGGUCACGGUUUGUAUGAAGGUCUAGACUGGCUGUCAAAUGAACUUGCAAAAAAAUGAUUCGUUACUUUUACGGCAACUAACAAACAUAAUACGCUGGCCGGGUUGUUUUUGUCAUAAACAGCUGUUUACUUUUCCACAAACACGAAUAAUUAUACGAAAGGGAAUAAUAAAACAAAUCUGUAUGUUUAUGUUGGCAUUAUUCUAUAGAUAACAUAAUCUAUGAAACCAAACGAACGUAAAUUUCAUUUGAAUAUUUGAAAAGCGUAGCAAUUUUCUAAUUUGCACGUGCAAACAUCUACAGAAAAAUAUCAAACAAUUAGAAAGCAUACAGAAACUUUAUAUUAUUUGUAAUUUUAGGUAAUAUUUUACUGUAAUAAAGAGAAAAAAAUUAA